AUGAAUAGAGUGGACGCAAUUUUUUCGUGCUUGUGCAUCGUAAUUCUCUUUCAAACUUUGGCCCGUGCCGAAGAUGUCGCAAAGGAGUUGAACGACACUUUGAGGGUUGACGUUUCUCAGGGAAUUGCACUGUAUAUCGCGAAUGGCGAAGCGAACGUUACUCUGAGCCUGUCGUCGCUGUUCGGAAGGAACGAUGUAGAGCAACGAGAUACAGGAAGAUUCAAACUUAAGAAAGGUAUCCUAAAAAGACUUGGAAUGACGAUGAUGAUGGUUCCUCUGAUCUGGCAGUUGGCAACGUUACCAGCUACCCUCGCCUCCCUCAAGAUCAAUCUGCUUCGAAGCAUCUUCAUAGGAAAAAUCGCAUUGGCGAUAAUGUUGUACAACGCGCUGAGGAAUUCGCAGAAAUCGGAAGUGGUACUGAUCCAUAAACCCGAAUAUCACGAUCACUAUUAUCACACUUAUCACGAACUGGAAGACGACGACAAAGACUGGUGGGGACGACGAAUGAAACGGCACCUUUAAAGUAGAAUAGCUUCGAUUACUUCAGCGAAUAAUCGCGUUCAGGAUAAUCGCCGUUCCAACCAAAUUGCGUUAUCUGUGAUACGUAACGAUCGCGACAAAAAGUCGCGAUAUUUCAAAUAUACGGUUCAAAUCAAGAGUAUACGCGAUUUUCCACGCGACGAAAAGACACCGGAUCGUAUAUGAAAUUAAAAUUAAGUUUUGGGUCUCGAAAGAACGUCCGGCGCAAUGACCAACAACGAGAUAUUCCACGUGACCUACUUCGAGCUGGUAACGGCAUUUUGGUCCAGAUUCUGAAGCGAUCGGCUCCGACCAGCGUUUUCCCUUUUCUCUGCCGUUAAAUUCAACGUCGAAAUCGAAAUUUAAAUGAUACCGAUC